AUGAGCUUUGGGAGUGAUUUGGCGAACGAGGUGCGUCUAGUGAAGGGGAGCGUUUCAUUUUACGAGGAGACCCAACUUGUGGAUAAGGGGAAGUUGACAGUUAGGGAGAGCUCCAUAGAUUGGGAUGGUGAGAAUCGUCACUUCUCCCUUUUUUAUCCCAACAUCUGUCUCCAUGCCGUCAGUCGUGACCCCUAUGGUGGGGAUGAGAAUGUAAAAUUCCCUCAUCCACACAUCUUCCUCAUGGUUGAUGGGGAGCGUGUUUGGUCCAAUGGCGAGCCUCCGCCCUCCGGAAGUGGAGACAACGGAAUGGAUAUAGAUGACGAAAAGGACAGCGAUGAGGAAGACGGAGACUACGGUACAGACGAAGAAAAAAAUACCUUUAUCCUCCGUUUUGUCCUGCCUGAUCAACGUGACUUAGACGACCUUUAUGCCGCUAUUGCGGAAUGCCAGUCUCUGAAUCCCGAUCCGGAGGACCUGUCCGAGGAUGAAUUUGGGAGCGUUCAGGAGUUUGAAAACGGCAAUGGUGGAGAAGAUAGCGAUGAAGUCGAUCCCGAAAAUUUCACUGAUGACUGA